UGAAUGAGUUCCUUCAGGCACCCCCACGACCUGCACACACAUUUGACAUGGGUCAGCUGCUGGAGGAAAUGCAGCAGAUUGACCAGCAGAGCUACAGACAAGCUCCACAGAGAGCUCCAGAUGUGGCAGCGUUGGCACUCUCUGGUGACUGGGCUGCUGAGUUCAUCUCGGGUUCGGAGUCUGGCUCUACAGUGGGGCUUGUUGCUCUUAGCGAUGCGGCAGAUGCUGAUUGGACAAGGGAAUUUAUUGCUGAGGCUGAAGAUCCUGGACGCUGGGCAGAGGAGUAUCUGGAGCAGUCGGAGGAGAAGUUGUGGCUAGGAGACCUGGGAGACAAGGAGAGUGAAUGGACAAAGGAGUAUCAACCAGGAGAGGAACUGAGGCAGACAGCUAAUGAGCUUGUCUCAAAGGUUGAUGACCCCAAGUUACAAAACACAGAGUUCCUGCGAUUCAUUAGGCAGAUUGGCGAGGGCAGUGUCACAGUGGAGAGCAGAACAGACAAACAGCUCACAGAUAAAGCUCAGGCCGAGGGGGCUCAGAACUGGGCCUCCAACCUCAACCAGGUGUCAGAAGAGUCAGCUGAAGCCUGGGUAGACGAGUUCGCCACAUCAGGACCAGAUUUCCAACAAGCCAAAGCUGCAGUAGAGAGUGAUGUGGAUUUCUGGGAGAAGCUGCAGAAGGAGUGGGAGGAAAUGGCUAAGAGGGAUGCAGAGAGUCAUCCCUGGCUGUCUGACUUCGAUCAGCUACUCAGCACUUCUUAUGACAAGGGGUAUCAAUUUGAAGACGACAACCCCUACUUGUCCCACCCAGACCCUCUGUCAGAAGGAGUGAAGAGGAUGGAGGCAGGGGACAUCCCUGGUGCUGUACGGUUCUUUGAAAGUGCUGUACAGAAAGAAACAGACAACCAACUGGCUUGGCAGUAUCUUGGAACCUGUCAGGCAGAGAACGAGCAGGAAUUUGCUGCCAUCAGUGCCCUCCGCAGAUGUAUAGAGCUAAAGAACGACAACCUGACUGCUCUGAUGGCGUUGGCUGUCAGUUUCACUAAUGAAUCGCUGCACAGGCAGGCCUGUGAGACUCUUCGUGACUGGCUUAAGCACAAUCCAAAAUACCGUUCUGUGUGGGAGCAGAAUGAGCUGGAACGCCAGGAGGAUAGUGCCAGAGAAAGGGAAAAGGAGAGGGAGAGGUUUGGGUCACUGCUGCCAGAAUCGUUGUUUACUGAAGUCCAGUCCCUGUUCCUGCGGGCAGCCAACUCUGACCCGACCCAGGUGGACCCCCAGCUGCAGUGUGGUCUGGGAGUUCUCUUCAACCUCAGCGGGGAGUAUGACAAGGCAGUGGAUUGUUUCAGUGCUGCGCUCUCUGUCACACCACAGGAUUACUUGCUGUGGAAUAAACUGGGUGCCACACUGGCCAAUGGAAGCCGCUCAGAGGAGGCAGUGGCCGCCUACAGGAGAGCUCUGGAACUCCAGCCAGGCUUCAUCCGUAGUCGCUACAACUUGGGAAUAAGCUGUGUAAACUUAGGAGCACACAGAGAGGCAGUGGAGCACUUCCUUGAAGCUCUGUCUCUACAGCGCCAGGCCGCAGGGGACGGAGGGAGAGCUGCAAGGGGGCCUGGAGGUGCAGCAGCAACCGUCAUGUCUGACAACAUCUGGUCCACCCUACGUAUGGCUCUCAGCAUGAUGGGAGAGAGCUCUCUAUACGCUGCUGCUGAUUGCCGGGAUUUGGACACAUUGCUGGCUCACUUCUGCCAGAGAGAGGUGGAAGGUGGGACUGAAUGAAGGCCAGCCAAGGGAGGGCAUAUUAUGUGUGAAUGUGUUUUUCAGGGAGGUAAAUGUUUGGGUGACUGAAAGAAGCACAGAGAAACGAUUAGAGAGAAAAGCAGAAGGAAGACGCUGAAUUCUUCACCAUGCUAGAAACAUCACCUCGUGGUCAUGUGUGCUUAAAUAACUUCUGUCAAAUAUUGCAGUAUUAGUCUGUACCUGGAAGACACAGCCAGCAGUAAUACAGUUAUGUCACUGUGUUUUGUGUGUUAGACAGACCUCUCGUUACCUGUUGAUCUCGAGAAUGGUUUAAUGAAAUGCCAGUUUUUUUUUUCCGUUUUUUUUUUUAAUUUGUUCUCGCUGAAGAAAAUGAUGAAAAAUGAAUGAAUCCCCAUUUGUAUUUAUUAACAAUGUGGACAGUUAAUAUUUAUCAUGGCACGCAGUACUCUCAAACCUUUAACAGGUAAUAAAUUGAACUGUUUAAUUGCUGCAGUUAUGUAAGUUAACGGUACAAUAUUGUUGUGACUUUUUUUUUUUUAUCGUUUAUUGGCCAGGACAAUAAUCUGACAACCAGCAGGACUGUUACUGUUAUGAUGAGGUUUAUGUGUGUGUGAGUUUUGGGGCUGGGUAUUAAUUGUGCAUUGGUUGAUGAGAUCAGAUAAUUGUAAUACCUUUGAGAAUGAUUUCUCUGGUCUCUUCCCUCUCUUGCUAUUUUUUUCAUAUUGCUCUUGUAAAACGAUAAGCGUCAUUGUAAAAUAAUGCCAUAUAUAAAUAAUGCCAUAUUGUGUAUUGUAACAUAAUGGUUUUCAGGCUAGUUCUAUCCUGACUGCAAUGUUUAAUAUAAUAUUCAGCAAUAAAGCUUUGAUU